AAACAACAAAUGGCACCGGCGAGUACCUCUUCGGCUCUCUGUCUCCUACCUCUCCUUCUCCUCGCUGCCACCAGCGAGGCCACCAUAUUCAGUAUCAUCAACCGAUGCUCCUACACCGUGUGGCCAGCCGCUAUUCCAGUUGGAGGUGGCGUGAAGCUCGAUCCGGGGGAGACGUGGCUGCUGGACGUUCCCGCUGGCACCAUGGGCGGGCGCAUCUGGGCACGCACAGACUGUUCAUUCCAUGGCGAAGGCAUAGGGUCAUGCCAAACUGGCGGUUGCGGCGGCUUGCUCGUUUGUAAGGGGAAUGGUCAACCGCCCAACACGCUGGGCGAAUUCACGCUUGGCCAAGACCAAACGAAUGACUUCUUCGACAUCUCCCUCCUCGAUGGCUUCAAUGUGCCCAUGGAGUUACUGCCGGUGCUGGUUCGGGGAAGGUCAGGGUGCGGCAAGGGGCUGCGCUGCGCAGCCAACAUCACAUCGCAGUGCCCAGGCGACCUGAAGGCUCCGGGGGGUUGUAACAACGCGUGCACAGUGUUCAAGCAGGACAUAUACUGCUUGAAUGGAAGCACAAUAAGCAGCCCCACAAAUUACUCGAAAUUCUUUAAGCGGAUGUGCCCAGAUGCCUACAGCUACCCCGACGAUGGUUCCACCAGAACUUUCAAUUGCCCGUCGGGGACCAACUACCAGGUCGUUUUCUGUCCCCUGAUUAAUCACACACUAUCGCCUACAACUCAAAGUCCCCAGAUUAAUCAAGCACUGACGCCUACAGCUGAAAGUCCCCAGAUUAAUGCACUGUCACCUACAGCUGACAGUCCCCUGCCCGCGCCCCCGGCCGAGGUAACACCACCGACCCCAAGUACUCUGCCUGCAGCUAUUGGGCCAACAAGCAUGAAACCAAACCCCCCCUCUGUAAGAAGAGUUGUCGCAAUUCUAGCUCCGGUAGGUGGCUUCAUUUUCUUCACCAUCUUGUUCCUCGUCAGUUUCUUCAUACGUAAACGAAGAACACAAUGGCAGCAUGGGAUGGAACAAGAGGAAGAGUUUGGGGAGCUACAAGGAACACCAAUGAGGUUCACAUUUCAACAGCUAAAAGCAGCAACCGAGCAGUUCAAAGACAAGCUCGGGGAAGGAGGAUUUGGGUCUGUUUUCAAGGGUCAAUUUGCUGAUGAAAGGAUUGCGGUAAAACGUUUGGAUCGAUCUGGUCAAGGCAAAACAGAAUUUUCGGCAGAGGUUCAGACAAUUGGCAGCAUUCAUCACAUUAACCUGGUGAGAUUGAUUGGCUUCUGUGCAGAGAAAUCCCAUAGGCUCUUGGUAUAUGAGUACAUGCCCAAAGGAUCCUUGGACAGAUGGAUCUAUUGUCGACAUGACAAUGAUGCUCCUCCUCUACAUUGGAGCACACGGUGCAAGAUUAUCACUCAUAUAGCUAAGGGCCUCACGUAUCUUCACGAGGAGUGCACAAAACGAAUUGCUCAUUUGGAUGUCAAACCACACAACAUCCUCUUAGAUGACAACUUCAAUGCUAAACUUUCUGAUUUUGGACUAUGCAAGCUCAUUGACAGGGAUAUGAGCCAAGUGGUUACUAGAAUGAGAGGCACACCUGGGUAUUUAGCUCCUGAAUGGUUGACAUCACAGAUCACGGAAAAGGCAGAUGUCUAUAGCUUUGGCAUUGUGGUCAUGGAAAUCAUGAGUGGAAGAAAGAACCUUGACACUUCCCGGUCAGAGGAGAGCAUUCAUCUCAUUACCCUAUUGGAGGAAAAGGUGAAGAGUGAUCGGUUGGUAGAUUUGAUUGACAAUAACAGCACCGACAUGCAAGCACACAAGCAAGAUGUAAUUCAGAUGAUCAUGCUUGCAAUGUGGUGCUUGCAGAUUGAUUGCAAAAGAAGGCCUAAAAUGUCUGAGGUAGUAAAAGUAUUGGAAGGUGCCAUGAAUAUAGACAUCAACAUAGAUCAUAACUUUGUUGUGAAUUCAGCAAAUUUUGGUAGUGCUGGAAAUGUGAGGUCUUCAGCUCCACCUCUAGCCUCAGAUGUAUCAGGCCCUAGGUGAAACGAGACAAUCCU